CGUGCGCGUACGGUUUCUUUCUUGUAAACAGUAAACAUUUAUAUGAUUAUUUUUUUUUUAUCUAAUCGCUUUGAUAGAAAGUGAAACGCUUUAAAAAUAUUCAGAUUAUUUGCAUAAAAAUUUCAUAAAUUUUCGAACGAUUAAGUGCUUGGGUUUUUAAUUACGUGAAUAUUCCGGACAAUAGACAGAAUGCCACGCCUUUGGCUGAGUUUCUUUUUAACAUUGGCCGUUUGCUUUAGCGGUUUCGAAGCUAUUACAAUUUUUCGUCCUGCUCAACGAAUCUCUAACAAUUUCAAACAGCUUAAUUUAUCUCCUGAAGAGAUUGAUCCUAAUGUGGCGCCUCCGGAGUCGAUUAUAAAUGGAGAUCAAGAUGAUUAUAUAUAUUUUAAUAGUGGAACUACGGGUGCAACACAGUCGAGUGAGUUGAUCGAUGACUCAAUUAAUGAAAUUAGCCUGGCUUCUCCUCCUGCAGUUACACCUUUAAUUACCGCAACCACACCUGCGACUUUACUCAAUUCGACUCCUACGAAGAAUACUAAUGAUUCUGGUGGACUUGUCAAAUUUUGCAAAUGCACGGAGAAUCAUUGCGAUUGUUGUCGGGACUUUAAUUUACCCUUUAUACCCAUUAAAGGACCAGGUUGUGCUAAAAUUACAUAUUUGGGUGAUGAGAAAAUGUCAGUGACUUUAAAAUACGGUGAUCUAACCUUGGCUAGCCGUACAAUAUCAAGUAAGAAGGCUCGGCCGUUUUGCGUGGGCCUACCAGGGGGUUAUUCAAAAUUUUGUGGCCGCAUUUACGGUUUAUCGAAAGCCAAGCGAAAUUUCAAAGCGUGUUUGGGUUUUGAGUUAAGAGCUGAUGAUGAAAUUGAAGCUGCCUUACGAGUGUCUUGUUUUAAAUUUGGUCCUGAGGGCUUAAGGGUAGCCGAAGCUGAACCGUUUCCAACCCCAGUGAAAAAAGAAGACGACGAUGACGACGAUAUAUUCGGUUUUGGUGCUGGCGGCGACGAAGAUGACGAUGAGGAUGAUUAUGAUGAAGAGGAAAAUGAUGAAGCAGAUGCUGAUGCAGAUUAUGCGGAAGAUGAAGAUGAUGACAAUGAUAAUGAAGAAGCACCGGCUGACGCUGACUAUGGUGGUUUUAGUUUAGGUGGUCUUUUCGAUGAUGAUGAUAGCGACGACGAGAGUGACAAUGAUAGCAAACCUGCAGAAGUCACCGCACUGUCCACACCGUCUUCGCGUAUAACGGAUGUGGCCCAAAGCAAGAACGAAGUGGGUACCCUUGCUGCUCAAAUUCCCGCAGCAUCAAAGGCAGGUAGCAAUAAAGUUAACGAACUUUAUAACAAAGCCAACAGCAGUAUGAAUCUUAAAGUGAAAACUAAAUCGAAAAUCUUAAAAAAACAUAAGAAAAAGAAAUCCGCCGACAUCUCGGAAAGUGACUACGCUUUGGCGUUCAUUAACGGUUUAUUAAAUCUUUUUAAUUAACCCCAUUAACAUUAAUUGAAGAUUUUAGUUAAUGGGCAGAUCAUAUUGUAAAUAGUUUACUUUCAUUACUAAUAAUAUAUAUAAAUUUAGUAUUUGGCGAUUUGAUGAGUAGAUGCGAAUAAUAAUUUACAAAAAAUUAUACUUAUGUAAAUG